AUGUGGCGUAUUGGUAUUUCAGAUAUUGUUACUUGGGAUGAGGCUCACUUCGGCAAAUUCGGCUCCCAUUACUUGAAGCGGGAGUUCUAUUUCGAUGUACAUCCGCCUCUAGGGAAAAUGCUGGUGGGACUCUCGGGAUACCUUGCAGGCUACAAUGGCUCGUUUGAAUUCAAAUCUGGAGAGAAAUACCCACCGGAGCUUAACUACACUUUCAUGCGCCUGUUCAAUUCUUUUUUCGGAGCUGUUUGUGUUCCUCUGGCUUACUUCACCGCUCGCGAACUGGAUUUUCGUCGCCCGGCUGUCUGGUUCAUUCUCCUUGAUUCGAUGCUGUUAUGUUUUACUUUCACGACUACCCUGUGCUGGGCCCGAUUCCACCGCCUGCAAAAUAAAAGUUUUUCACUGGAAUGGUUCACCUGGCUCAUAUUGACUGGGAUAAGCAUUGGUUGUGUCUGUAGUGUUAAAUGGGUGGGAUUCUUCGUCACUGCAUUGGUCGGACUGUAUACCGCUGAAGACCUCUGGAACAAAUUUGGCGAUCUCAAAAUUCCCAAGGUCGUUCUUGCAGAGCACCUUGCCGCCAGAGUUAUGGGAUUGAUCAUCAUUCCUCUACUUGUCUACUUAUUUUCGUUCUACCUGCACUUCCAUAUCCUCGAAAACUCCGGACCCGGCGAUGCACAGAUGAGCUCACUUUUCCAGGCUAACCUGAAAGGCACAACAGUUGGAAAGGAUAGCCCACUUGAAAUCGCGAUAGGAUCUAAAGCCACCCUAAAAAAUAUGGGAUAUGGCGGCGGUCUCCUCCACUCACACGUUCAAACGUACCCGGAAGGGUCAACUCAGCAGCAAGUUACAUGUUACCACCAUAAGGACUCGAACAAUGACUGGUUUUUUUAUCCGAAUCGCCAGGAACCUGAUUUCAACCCGGAUGGUGACUUGAAAUUUGUUGGUGACAAGGAUGUCAUCCGGCUCAUCCAUGCCCAAACUGGUCGCAAUCUACAUUCGCACGCCGUAUCUGCACCGGUAACGAAAAGUGACUACGAAGUAUCUUGCUACGGAAAUACGACAGUAGGAGAUGAAAAAGAUCACUGGCGCGUUGAGGUAGUCGAUGAUGUCGCGUCUAAAGACAGGUCGAAUAUUCGAACUUUGACAACUUCGUUCCGUCUUAGACACGCUGUGCUCGGUUGUUACCUUCGCGCUGGCACCGUCAAUCUCCCACAGUGGGGAUUCAAGCAGAUUGAAACCACCUGCGUUAAGCAAAAUAAUCCCCGGGACGUCUAUACUCACUGGAAUGUCGAGAGUCAUAUUAACGAGAGAUUGCCCCCCGGUGAUCCCGGUUCCUACAAAUCGCCCUUCCUAAAAGACUUCAUCCACCUCAAUGUCGCAAUGAUGACCUCAAACAACGCACUUGUCCCCGACCCAGACAAACAAGAUGACCUCGCAUCGCAAUUCUGGCAAUGGCCAAUCCUUCAUGUUGGUCUCCGCAUGUGCUCCUGGGACAACGACACUAUCAAGUACUUCCUCCUAGGCAACCCAUUCGUCUACUGGGGCGGCACCCUUAGCCUCUGCGUUCUCGGCGUAAUCCUCGCGUGGUAUCUAAUCCGCUGGCAGCGCGGCUACGACGAGCUCAGCCUUGUGGAUAUGGACCACAUCUACUACUCCGGCCUGUACCCGGCGAUAGGCUGGUUCCUGCAUUACUUUCCCUUCGUCGCAAUGGCACGCGUAACUUACGUGCACCAUUAUUAUCCCGCGCUGUAUUUCACGAUAUUAUCCUUGGGCUUCUGCAUGAAUUGGUUGACGCAGAAAUUGCGCCGUUCGGUCGAGUGGGCAAUUUAUGUAGUGUUUUAUGCAGUUGUUAUUGGGUUAUUUGUUCUUUUCCGUGACAUUGUGUUUGGCAUGGAGGGCUCAAGUUUGAAAUGGGCGCAUCUAGCUUGGUUCAAAACGUGGCGGAUCGCGUAG